AUGUGGUUAAAAACAACAACUAUCCUGUUAUUGAUCCAAUCCAUCUUAGCCGCUUCACCCUUUGUGGUUCAAUUGAAAGAUACAACAACUUUCACUGAGUUUUUGGAAAAUUCAUUAAUUGCAUCUUUAGGUAUCAAGGCUUCAGAUACAAGUUCAACUAUAGAAAUUGGGAAUUUUAAAGCUUAUGUUGCUGAUUUUGAAGACAAUCUGGUUACUCAAUUAUUAGAAAGUCCUUUAAUUAAUGAUGUUUUCCCAAAUGCCAAAUUUAAUAUCUUUGAUACAACAACUUUAAGUCAAGCCGUGGCUUCUCCAUCUUCAGAACCAAAAGAUGAUGAUGAUUCAGAUACUGAAGAAGAUGGUGUUCAAGUUCAAAAUAAUGCUCCAAGACAUUUGGCUAGAUUAUCUUCAAGAGAUGGGUUGUUUUUACAAAAAGAACCAUUCAAAUAUACUUAUGAUACUACAGGUGAAGGUGUUGUUGCUUACGUUAUUGAUACUGGUAUUGCCAUUGAACAUCCAGAAUUAGAAGGUAGAGCUAAAAGAGGUGCUAACUUUGUUAGUAAUGAAAGUGAUGGUGACAAUGCAGGUCAUGGUACCCAUGUUUCUGGUCUUAUUGGAUCAAAGACUUAUGGUGUUGCUAAAGAUGUUACAUUAGUUGAAGUUAAAGUCUUGGACAAAGAUGGUUCUGGUUCUCUUGAUACUAUUUUAAGAGGUAUUGAAUGGGCUUUUAAAGAUCAAAAGAAGAAUGGUUCUAAAGCUGUUGCAAACUUAUCAUUAGGUUCUUAUUUCAGUGGUCCAAUCAAUGAUGCUGUCAAUGAAGCUGUUAAAGGUGGUUUAGCUGUUGUUGUUGCAGCUGGUAAUUCAAACCAAGAUGCUCAAUUAUUUAGUCCUGCCAGUGCAGAAUUAGUUGUUACUGUUGGUGCAUUAGAUGAUAGAACUGAUACAAUUGCAACUUUCUCAAACUAUGGUUCCAAAGUUGAUGUUUUCGCUUCAGGUGUUGAUGUUGACUCAUUAAACAUUAAUGAUUUUAAAAAUCCUGUUAAAUUUUCUGGUACUUCAAUGGCUUCACCAAUUGUUGCAGGAUUAGCUGCUACUUUAUUAGAAAAAGGUGUUCUGCCUGGUGACCUUCAAGAAAAAAUCAUUACUUUAUCAACUAAAGGUGCUAUUUCUAAUGGUACUUUGAAAUCAAUCAAAUACAGAAACACUCCAAAUAGAGUUGCUUUCAAUGGUGUCAAUAAGAAUGCUGCAUCAGGUGCUGGCUCAACUGUUACACAACCUUCAAAUAAAGAUCAAGAUCAAACAUUAAACAAAUACAUCAAUACUUUAGAAUCAUUAAAACCAACUGAUCAAUUCACUAAAGAUUUGGUUCAACGUUCAGCCAAGAACCGUGGUGUUGAUCUUUCAUUUUAG